CAACAAGGAGCAGUUAUUUUGUUUAUUCUUUUUUUUGUGAGGAAACGUCAGGUUUGUACCUGGGUGAAAUCAGAGAUGGCGUGACUGUCAACUAGUAAUUUUAAGGUGAAUUUGUUUGUACAAAAUGGCAACACUGGCGAUGUCAAAGUUGGUUGACGGGACGUCAACGAGGUGGUGUCACUGUCACUUUGACAUGAGAAAGGAUUGCGUCACGUUAUCUCUGGGAUCGCCACGUUUCCGUCCGUUAAUAUCUAAACAAUCAACUUGCAUUGUAACUUCUCGGUGUCUUAUUAAAGUAAAGUGGGAUUUGAUCAAGCAGCUCGCAUCGUUAUUUCUUCUGAUUAUGGACGGUGGCCGGUUUGAGGAGACGAGUGAUGGACUCUCGUCGGAGGGGAUUCCCCCGGAUCCUCCCAUAUCAGAAGUGGGAUUAGUGGACUUGGAUGAAGAUAACGUGAUGCGACGUUCACAACAAGACAAUGCAAGUUUCGAUUAUCACAAUCAGAAGAAGAUUAUGAUGAUUAUCACAUUCGUGUGACCACGUGAUGAAGAUGCCAUGCCUGAAUUUGGAGAUGGACCUGACUUUGAAUUGACCUGGACUUUGUUAUUGAUCGGCAUGCCGUAAGAUAUGAUGACGUGAACAUCACAAUAUUUCCAUAAUGUGUGCAGUCGUGUUUGGAAAUUAUGGUACCUCAACUUGGAAACUGUUAUUACGGUGAGUCGUUUUCAUACUGGAACAUUAUUGUUAUUGACUUCAUUGCUGGGUGAAUUUUCGUUUCUAAUAAUGAAGAAAUUGAUUUAAAAUUAACUUGGAAAUUACUAUUUCCCUUUUUUUACUAUCAAAGUUGACGAGACAUAUUGUGUCAAUCCGUGUCAAUCAUACCGCGUUUUCCAAUCUGUUUUCAUCAUCGUCAAAUCUUUGUAUUUUGGUCUAAAAAUAUUUCUAAUUGGUGUAGAUAUGCUUAACCUGCGUUGUUAAAGUUGUAUUUUCUCACUCCAAGCAAAAAGAUAUUAGUUAUGACAUGAUAAUUGAGUCUCGUUAAAUUACGUGUUUUGUAAUCUACCGUCAUUCAUCAAAUCUUUCAAUAUUCAACAUUCUUUAUUGUAAUCUUUUUAAACCUAUUAAAAAAAAGACAUGCGAAUACAAUAAUACAGUGAAUUCUUUUGUUUUAUGUCAUAAUUUGACACGUGGUUCGGCAACUGGUGAAUUGCGAGCGGCGAUGUAAGUGGCGCGGGCUGAGCUGUAGCCGUGUAAAGUGAUGACAUCAUGGCAGCGCGUUGUAUACCAGCCAGACUUGCUGCGCUGGUGCUGUUGAAGACCUAAAUCAUGUCAUAAGACCAGUGGCUAUCUUUUAUUGGAAAUUAUUAUAAGUCCUGAAUUGGACUUGGACUACCUGGAGCGCGGUGGUGGGGGCCCCAUGACGGUGGGCGGGGCCCCCAGCGUGGAGCCCAGCCCGGACAGUCUCGACCUCGUCAAGGUGGUGCUACUCGGAGCGCCCGCCGUCGGCAAGACCAGCAUCAUACAGCAAUUCGUCUGGAGCGACUUCUCAGAGGAGUACGUGCCCACGGACCGCAAGCACACCUUCUAUCCCUCGGUGAUCAUCAACGAGCAUCUCUACGAGGUCAAGAUCACCGAUGUCCCCGUCAUCCCCUACUUCCCCAUCAACUCCUACUACGAGUGGGCGCACUACCGCUUCUACGGCCUCAGAAACGCCACCGCUUACAUCCUAGUGUUCGACCUGUCCAAUGUUGAGACCUUCCAAUACAUAAGGACUUUGAGAGACCAAAUGGUAGAAAGCAGGGAUAUGAGGAACGUACCGGUGUUGGUUGUCGGGAACAAGCAGGACUUGCUGUGCAGCAACACGCCUUCAGCGGCCAGCGGUCUCCAGCAGCUGGCCUUAGCUGAAAGCGCCUGUGGCGACUCCAGAGAGAAGAGGAGAAACAUCGUGAACCUGGUUAGAAAACAUUGGAAGUGUGGGUACGUGGAAUGUUCUGCCAAGUAUAACUGGAGGGUGAUAGCUGUGUUCAAGGAGUUGAUGGAGAUGAUAGAUGCUUUAGAAUGGAGCGGAGGGGGAAAGGCUGAACCUCCUCCAGAAUCGGCGGGAGGGGGCGCGGGUUCCCAUGACAACCGUUGCGUGGUUGCUUAGCAUUUUUAGCAGGACCAUGAUUUCGUGAGUGGUUGGGGGGUUUGGGGAAUAUUCAAAAGGUUGAUGAACUAUUUUGUUAAUAGAUGGACUUAACUAUUGAAUAUAAUAGGACUUUCUAAGUGUUGUUUUGUUGCUGUAUGAAGAAUAUGAAGAAGAAUCCUGCUGAAAGAUUAUUUUGUUUUCUUUUCCUUAAAUGAUAUUUCCAAUGUAAAAAUUCAUUCACCAAUCAGAAACUUUAACCAUGACGCAAUGUAAAUACUCGUGAUGACAAUGUCCUCUGAUUGGAUGAACUGAAAUUGUGUUGCCAAGUUCAUGUAAUGCUGAUUCCCACUUUGUUACCAAGUUGAAUGUUAAGUUAUAUCAAGUUGGCAACUUUGUAGUGCUGUAGUUUAUGUUGUUACUUUAAUCUGCUUGCAAAUAUACAAACUUGGAUUGGCUUGGGACUCGUUUCGUCGUGAACUACAAGACAGCACGAUGUUGGAAUUACAACUCGCUUUCAUUUGAAAUAUUGUACCCUUUAGAGCAUCGAAUUGGUCACAGUGAUGUUUCGAAAAAUAAACAUAAAAUUAUCUAUUGUUCAAGAUAUAAAAAAAAAGUUAUUUUUUUCUUUGCUCAUUCAGCUUUUCUCAAAAGACAAUUUGCACCUCAGGCUCAAUUCACUUACUGAAUACAAUCAAGCGUGUGUGUACCUCAAGUGACGCAAUAUAAUUUAGGCCUACACAAUUUAGUAACAUUAUAUUAUGUAUAUACGUAAAUGUAACGCACAUAAAGAGAGAUGUUUAGAAUGCUGUUAAUAUGCAAGUGUGAAUAGAAUGUUUAGAAUGUUAUAAAAGUUAGGCAUCGUUAAGGCGAAACUGAUUAAGUAUUAUCUGGGCUUGUUGUUAACUUCUAUUUUUGUAAAUUUCGGUGAGGAAAUGGUUUGUGAAGUUGUUGUGUAAUAUUUACGAUAUUAGUCAAAUGAAGAUUAGAGUGGAAAAUGACACCAAAGUUUCGGAGUUGGAUGAAGUUGACUUGUUAUCUCGUGUUAUAUUUUAUGUUACUUUUUUCACGAUAUUUGUUGUACUCAUGGACAUGUACCUAUCGUAAAAGUUACAUAACAAUAUUGGUUGGCUCUUACUUGUUGUGUUAGAAAGAAUUUAGAGAAGAACACGAAAAAAAUGGAUGGACUGUGUUUAAAUAAAAAAAGGUAUCAAAAUC